UUUUAAUUUUCGGUAUGUCCUUUCGCGGUCAUAAAAUGAUCAGGGAUUGUAGAGACAUAGUUCUAUAAUAAUUUGGGCUCAAUAUUCAUAAAAUAAAUACAAAAUGAAAUAUUUUCAAAAUCAAGCCUUUGGGUUAUCGUAUGACCCAAUGGAUCUGAAAAGGUUAAUGAAAUCAACAAAAUUAUUGACUUAUUUGCAUUGCGCGUAGUGCCAAAAGAACCGAAAUACUUCAGUAAAAUUCACCGAACAAUUCAGUUAAAUCACUGCUCGAGUGUUCAACCAUUUGAAUUGGUCAAAAUCGAUGAAUAAAAUUGUUAAAUAUUUUCCACUAAAUGAAUUAGUCAAAAUGAACAAAAACUGAAGCAUUUUAGCAGUAAAAAAUGCGCUUUCAAGGAACAAAUUGGAGCCAAAAUCAAAAUAUUAAAAGAAAUCAAUUAAAUCAAUGAAAUCAAAUAUUAAGAAAUCAAUAAUGGAAUAGUAAUAAAUCCAAAUGCAUCCACUUAGAACUUUAUUUUUGCUUCGAUCCUCUCUCAUCGCACAAGUAUUUUUUGUCUUUUAAAAAUAUAUAAAUACGCAGAGAGAGAAGAAGCGAAAUGAGGGAGAAAAGACGCUCAAGAGAGUAAAGUGCAGUAGGCACCUAUAUACAAUACAUAAUAAAUACAUAGUAAAAUGUUGAAGGAAAAUGUGAAUCUCCCGGAAGAGUAAAAUGUGUAUAUUGGAUGGUAUUUUGCAAGAGAAAGAGCACACCCAAAGGGGCUCCACUACACAGUGAGAAAUACUAAAACAAUCUUAUAAAGAAGAAAUUGGUGUGCAGGGCCACAUAAGUGCCGUAGAUCGACGCGAGAGUCUUAUGUUGCCAGAAGGCGCAAAGGCAAUUCAGUCAACUCUUGUCUGUGGCAAAGCGCGGUCUGCCGCAAGACACACAUCACGAAAAAGUCAUCUAAAACAUCAUCAUUUCAUCAUAAAAUUUUUGCUAAUUUUUUCGUGCAAUUUUGCAAAUUUGCAUUUUGCUGCAAUUUAUUGCACCCACAGCGGAGUCUUCGGCGUCAUUUCGGGGUACCGCGGUUGGGGGUGGAUGCGGUAAAAUCAUCUGUGAUCAAUCAUAUGGGAUCACCGCAUCGUGAUUGUUAAUUGUAUAUAGUACCUAUGUAUUAUAUAUAGCACUCAGCAACUAUAUACAAUUCUCCAUUUGAGAGAUGUAUGGAGUGUGAUCGUGCUGGCGGAGUUCAAAGUGUGUGCACAAUUUUCUUACAAAAGCCCCAUAUUACAAUACGCGCUUGACCGGUUUUUCUUUCGUCAAGGCGCAACCCACCUCCGCUUCUUCCCCGCGCGGGCUUUCUUAGAAGGAGGAGGAGGAGGGGAGACUUUUGUGUUGUUGUUGUUGUUGCUGUUCUUAUAAACUAAAAUAUGUUACUUCAUCUCGUCUCUUCGGUACACACCGAGUUGUGGAAUGCUAAAAAAGCAAGUGAUCUGGAACGUCUCUAAGACAAACUCCAUGAUUGUGUGCUAUGUCGUUUCUCGCUGUUAAAGAAUUAUGUAUAGAGUUCCAUUUGUGAAAUAUGUUGAGUGAUUGGUGAUGCAGAAGGCAUAUUUAUGCAGAAAAAAUCCCUCAAGUUCUCAAGAAGUUUCAGAGAAGAAGUUGAACGAAGAAAAAAAUUAAUUUUUAUGUGUGUGGGUGUACAAUAAAAAAAUGUGGAAUAAGCUAUUCAAGAGGAAGAGCACAAAAGCUCUACUUAAGCUCAAAGGGUUAGAGCACAUAGGGACAAAGGACGCAGAUGGAGACACCCUCAGUGAUUCAGGGAGUCCAAAUGAAAAUGAUUCCAAAACCACCGGGAUCCAUCAAUCUCCACACAACUUCAAUUCAUCAUCAACAUCAUCAACAGCUUCAUCAGUAUACGACAGUAUGUUUGAGAAUGCAACGGAAAUGGAAUUAGAACCGUGUCAGUACUGCGGUCGUACCUUUGUCCCAUCAACCCUUGAGAAGCACGUGGUAAUUUGCGAAAAGACUGGCACGAAGAAGCGCAAGCAGUUUGAUUCAUCGCAACAGCGCCUCGAGGGCACAGAAUUGGCGAGAUAUGUCCCAAAAAGCUAUGGCUUGAGCAACGGAAGAGAAUCACGAGUUUCACCACCAAAAACGAAUACAUUGCGUCGAGGAUCUCAUAUGCGAUCGCCAUCCGUGGAGAGACGCUCCUCGACGCAAUCACUCAAUUCCAUUGGGAAGGAAUCCGUUGGGGCAUCGGGAAGGAAGAGAACAAUCGCCCCACCACAAGCUGAGAAGUGUCCAUACUGUGAGAGAUCCUUCGGCAUGAGAGCCUACGAUCGGCACGUGGAGUGGUGCGGAGAGAAAGCAAAAUUGAUCGAUAAGUCAACAUCACCAACGGUCAAUGCGGCCAAGGAGCGUCUCAAUGCAAGGAUUAACUACAAAGCACCAUCUCUCAGAACAAAGCGUGGAUUGAAUCGAGAGAAGUAUUCACCAGGCUUCGAUGAUUCCUACUCCGAGUGUGGUACAAUGACACCCAAUUCGAUUGUUUCGUGCAAUCCACGAAUUGAUUUUGGACGAAAGAAUUCAACGAAUUCAAUGACAUCAUCAAUUACGAGCGAGAGUGGCUUUUCGGACAAAUACGACCCAUUUGUAUCUGCAAAGCGACAACUUGAGGAGCUCUUCUCACCUUCUCAGCAGCCCACACGUACUACCCCAACAGCAGCAAGGAAGUCUCCGGGAAAGAGCCCACAAACGAAUGGAAGCAAGCCCAGUGUGGUCAGUCCAACGGCACAAUUGAAUCAACUAAAAACCUCCAACUUCCGUCGCACGUCCUCCCUGAGGAUGCCGAAAAAGUCCUCACCACCAAAGACAUUCUACCCCUCGCGCCCAGCUGCUUCCCGUAUUCAGCGAGGAAUCUCCGAUGAGGGACCAAUCAGUUCGAGCUUUGUCAAGCCCGAAGAGUACGAUGAGAUGCCCGUACGAUCGGUUUAUGCAACGGAUUACACAACAAGCCGAAAGUCUCCAGCACAGACGCCGACAAAUCUGCAAAAUCGCCGAAAUUUGCGGUUGGAUUUGAAGAAGACGAACCUCCCGUCAAAUGAUUUUCCCAUCUCCAAGACAGAUUCACUUGCGGUCUUCCUCAAUUAUGAGCGAGACCUCAAGGCAGAGCCAUCGCUCACGCAGAAAGAGCUGAAGGACAAGAGUAAUAGCCUACGGUCACAACAGAAGUCUCCUGUGGAUUCUCCGGAAGCGAAUGAAAUUCAAAUUCGCCCCCUACGCCUGGCGCCACUGGACAAGGUGCCCAAACUCACCCCGAUUACCCUAGAUCAGAUCCUAAAGCCGCACGAAAAGAUGGAGAGUAGUGGGUACAUUGAUCCCAAACUAAUAAAUUUGUGUGAUAAUCUCAAUGUGGGGAAGCUGUCUUCGGGAUCAUCGGAGACAGUUAGUAGCAGUGGAUCGCGUGAAACAAUGAAGACACCUACCAAAGUCUCGGACAAUCGCAUCGCGAGCAACAACCAAAGAAAUGCCAGCACAGAGAAGAAGGCCGGCCUACGGCGUCAACUGAAGCUCGAUCGGAAUAAUAUUCUCUUCGACAUGGCACCCAGGCAAGUGUCUGAUGAAGCCCCAACAGAUCCCUACAGCGACGCCUACGAUCAAACUAUUGAACUCCUCGAUGGGGAAACAAAGAAGAUUCCUGGGAAUUUUGAAGAGCUCUUCAAUGAUUUUGACUUUGAGGAAUUCCUCACAUCAUUCGAAGAUGACGAACAAUUUCCCAUCUUCCGGGACUACAAGGAGCUCAUGCUGAAUCGCCAGAGACGUGCGCGAGAGAAGACAAAUGACGAUGUGUCGCACAGAUCUCCACCAGAAUGCAGAAAUAAGUCCGACAGAGAAGAUGAGGAAGUAGUUAAGGAGCAGGAAAGAAUGCUUGCCAGUCCAUCCAAAACAAAGAGUCAGCAGACAUCAGAGGCCACAGAGGAGGAAGUGAGUAGCCCAGAAGUUCCCUCCCCAAUGCAACCGAUCGAUACAAACUACGCUGAAAAGGCAAAAUCGGCAACAACACCAAAACAACGCGACAGCUUCGAAGAAGCUGAACAGCAACUCAUGCAGAGUGUCCGUGAAUUGGAUCUCAUGUGUACGCCAGAGGAUGAACCCAAAACACCCGGAACACCAUCCGGAAGUCAGAAAUUGUGUAAAUUCUGUCAUGAAUGUGGUUCACGAUUUCCCGUGGAAACAGCUAAAUUCUGCAUGGAAUGCGGAGUACGGAGGAUCACCAUGUAAAGACGGUUGAUCUGCUGAACUUCAACAACAACAAAAUAUCAUCUCUACUAAUGCUGGUCAAGAGAAUCUAGUUCUUUUUUUUACAAAAAAAAUCUACAUCUAUGGCUUAAAAAAUAUUAAUUAAUUUUAUUAAGUAUAGUUAGUUAAGUUACCAACAUCUCCCCCAUUUAACUCUCAGAGUAACACACAAAAAGAAACUACAUUUACCUAUAUUUUGCGCAGAGACUAAUUAACAAGAGACUGAGAUUGUGGAUUUUCAAUCACUCACAAUUUUAUAUUUGAGUGAUUUAACGCAAUUCCUUUUUCAUUUUCUUUCUCACUUUUAAAACAAAAAAAGAGAUUUUACUUUUCAUUUAAAGAGUACCUAUAUAAAAGGAAAUAAAAAAAAUCUAACUAAAAAAAAAACAAAACAAACUAAAUGGAGUGUACAAGAAAAAUAAAAUAAAUAAAUAAAUAAAUCACAAAGAAUAUGAAAAAUAAAGAGAUAAUUAAAUGAAAA